AUGGCCUUUCGCGACGUCUCUAAAGAAGCACUGGUUGGAUCGCUCACACUGGGAUUUAUUUUUAUCGCGGGAUAUUUGCUCGGGAAGAAGAAACGUUUCCAAAUGAACUUCUCCAAAAGUCACGGCAAGGGGCAAAGCAACCCGCUGAUGCAGUACGUCCUGCGCCAUUCCAUGAGGGAGCAUCCCGCCUUGGCCAACCUCAGACUGAGGACACUGGAGCACGACAGAAACGCAAUGAUGGUUUCCUGCGACCAGUCGCAGUUCAUGGCCAAUUUGGCUCGACUGAUCAAAUCCAAGAAGGCCAUAGAGAUCGGUGUGUACACAGGUUACAACACCCUAAGCAUAGCGCUGGCUUUGCCCGAUGAUGGCGUGGUGGUGGCGUGCGACGUCAUCGAGAAAUAUGCAGACAUGGGAAAGCCUUUCUGGCAAGAGGCAGGAGUGGAGAAGAAAAUUGAUCUCCGCAUUCAGCCAGCAUUGAACACUUUGGCGGAGCUUUUGGCUGCCGGCGAGGCCGAAACGUUUGACUUUGUCUUUAUCGAUGCCGACAAAGUCAACUAUGAGGCCUAUUAUGAAAAGUCUUUGCAGCUCAUCAGGAAAGGCGGCAUCAUCGCCAUUGACAACGUGCUGUGGGGCGGCAGGGUGUUGGCACCCGCCGCGGACGACCCCGACACGCUGGCCAUUGACCGGCUCAACAAGAAGCUGCACAGGGACGCUCGGAUCACCCUGAGCAUGCUCACUGUAGGCGAUGGCCUCACUCUGGCCAUCAAAUUAUGAGCAUAAACACAAAGCUAUGAUGCUGUGUUUGGUUUUACUCAAGAUGAAUUGACCUCACUUUGUAUUUCCUCAACUAGGCUGUUUAUUUACUCAAGUGCAAAGAGUAGUAGGCGUUUUAAACUGACAGUGUGUAUUUGGUGACACUAAGUGGUCAACUAAUAGAAUGCAAUGACAUGAACUCCAAGCAUGUGCUAGCUACAAUGGCGCUGCGGAGAAAUACAUGAUGACAUAAAGUUGAGUAUGAUUUUCUUUCAAGGAAUUUUAUAUGACACAUUUGUAAUGGAAAAGGCAAUGAAAUCAUUUCAUUGAAAUAAAUGCCCUGGAUUUUU